AUGCGCUUCGAGGGCCCGCUCGACGAGGCGCUGCUCGGCCUCCAGGACCUCUUCGAGGCGCUCCUGCUCCGUCUCAAGCACGCUGCCGCCGGCGAGCUCGGCGACGCGGACGAGGGGUACGAGCUGGGCACGGACGACGAGGUGGACGCCGCCGCGAGGAUGGCCAGGACGCUCGCCGGCAACGACUGCUUGGACAUCUGCCUCGAUAUCUACGUCAAGGUUAGGUACAGGAGAGCGGCCAAGGCGAUGAUGCGGCUGAACCCGGCGUACCUCAAGGCGUACACGCCGGAGGCCGUCGACGCCAUGGAGUGGGAGGCGCUGGAGUCGGCCAUGGCGCUGUGGAGCCCGCACUUCCACGUGGCCAUCGCCGGCGUGCUGGCGGCGGAGCGCCGGCUCUGCGCGCGCGUGCUCGCGUGCCUCCCGCCGGCGGUCUGGCCAGAGUGCUUCGGCAAGAUCGCCGCCCGCAUCGUGGCGGCGUUCUUCCGCUUCGCCGACGGCGUCGCCGCCGCUUCGCGCGAGCCGCAGAGGCUGUUCAAGCUUCUCGACAUGCUCGACGCGGUGGCCCGGGAGAGGGAGUGCCUCGACGAGCUCUUCUCCAGCGAGUCGGCCACGCUGCUCGCCAUCCGUGAGCGAGCGCGAGAGGUGGAGCGUUCCCUCGCGCGUGCCGCCGCCGGCGUAUUCUACGAGUUCGGCCUCCGCGUCGAGACGCACUACGUCGCCACCGCCGCCGGCAACUCCGGCGUCCUCGAGGCCGGGCACGUGCCCAAGAUUGUACGGUACGCUGUGAACUACCUCAAGUGCCUCGCGUCCGACGACUACCGGGGGCUCAUGGACACCGCGCUGCGCGCGGAGCGGGAACUUCAGCGCGUCGUCGGCGACGGUGAAGACGACGAAGACGGCAGCGGAGGCGGAGGCGGCGAAUGCGAGGCGCUCGCCGAGGCGGCGUCGAACGUGCUGGAGGCUCUACACCGGCACGUCGAGGCGGCGCGCCGGGUGUGCGCGGACGUGGUGGCGUCGCACGUCAUGGCCAUGAACGCGUACUGGUACAUCUACAUGCGCGCCCGCGGCACGGAGCUAGCCAGGCUCAUCGGCGACGAGACCAUGCGGCGGCGGUACAAGGCGUCGGCGGAGGAGGCGGCGUGGGAGUACCAGGACGCGGCGUGGAGCCCGCUCGUCCGGCUCGUCAGCGGCAGCAGCUCCGGGGCGCCAAGGGCGUGGCCGCCGGACGAGGCGCAGGAGAAGGCGGCGGCGUUCGCCGACGUGCUGGAAGAGCGGGUGCAGAGGCACGGCGCGGAGUACAAGAUACCGGACGGCGAUCUCCGGGAGCAGAUAAAGGCCGCGGCGGCGAAGGCGGUGCGCGGCGCCUACGCCGGGUUCGUCAAGGCGAACGACAGGGCGGUGGCCUCCGGCGGCCGGCGGGAGUUCCUCCCGGUGGACGCCAUUGAGGGGAUGGUGCGGCGGGUGUUCGACAAUAUGGGCGACGGCAGCGCCGGCCGGGCGAGGAGCCGGCGGCAGAGCGGCAAUCUUGAGGGGUUUGAGGGCUAACUGAGCACACAAUUGCGCAUUGGGCAUU